AGCGUCCUGCUUGGAGUUUAUUCUAGUUACUGGAAGUGUGGUAAAGUGAGUGCAUUGAUUUUCGUGAAGGAUUUUAAUUUAAGUUUUUAUUAAAAAUUAUGAAUUUAAGAUAGAUCUCGAAAUCUCUCGAAAUCUUACGAUGAAUCGGAAUGAGAAGCAAAAAAUAACGGAAAUUCGUCUUCAACGAUAACAGUGAUUUCUUUCCAUAAUGAGAUAAAUAAAAUUAUUUUCAAAUUAAAUUAAGUUCAACAUUCUUUUUGAUAAAGAUCAUAAUGUGGCCGCGAUUGAGAAGAUCAUGUCGGACAUGGUCAAUUAUUUUUUCAAUUUUUCUAUUGAUGGGUAUUUUUUUUAUUUGGUCAUGGAAAAAGGAUGACAAAAAUAUUCGCAAUGAUUAUAUUUCUCUUCGGUUGUUAGACAAUCAAAAAGAUUACAUAGAUCGUAAAGGAAUACACGUCGUAGUAGGACAUUAUAUCGGAGAUUCUGUGGAUCCAAUGAAAACUCCAAACAUUACGAAAGAUCUUAUUAACAAAAAUAUGUUUAAUCCGCGACCAUUUGAAGGAAAGAAUGGCAAUCCAGUUAUUGUACCAGCGAAAGAUUUUUACAAAAUGCAACAACUUUUUCAAAUUAAUCGAUUUAACUUAAUGGCUAGUGAUAGAAUACCAUUAAAUCGCACUUUACCGGAUGUUAGAAGAAAAGGAUGUAUAACACGAUAUAUGAAUUUGGGUAAUUUACCCAAAACAUCAAUAAUUAUCGUUUUUCAUAAUGAAGCUUGGAGUACAUUAUUGAGGACUGUAUAUAGUGUAAUUGAUAGAUCUCCAAUACAAUUAUUAGAAGAAAUUAUUCUUGUUGAUGAUAAUAGUGAUAGAGAUUUUUUGAAGGACGCGUUAGAUGAACAUAUAAAGAAUUUACAAGUUUCCACUAAAGUUCUUCGUUCUAAGAAACGUAUAGGUCUAGUGAAUGCAAGACUUUUAGGUGCCAAUAAAGCUAAAGGCGAAGUUCUCACAUUUCUUGACGCACACUGCGAAUGCACGGUUGGAUGGUUGGAACCCUUGCUUGAAGCAGUGGCCAAGAAUAGAACUCGAGUAGUAUCUCCCGUUAUCGAUAUAAUAAAUGACGAUACUUUUAGUUAUACUCGAUCUUUCGAAUUGCAUUGGGGAGCAUUUAAUUGGGAUUUGCAUUUUCGCUGGCUAACGUUAAACGGCCGAUUAUUGAAAGAAAGACGCGAAAAUAUUGUUGAACCAUUUAGAACACCCGCUAUGGCUGGAGGAUUAUUUUCCAUGAAUCGAGAUUAUUUUUUUGAAUUAGGUGGUGUUGGAGAGAUUCUAUACGGAAAUCUCGCUAGGGUAGCUUUAGUUUGGAUGGAUGAAUGGGCAGAGUUUUAUUUUAAAUUUAAUGCAGAGGCAGCUAGAUUAAGAGACAAGCAAACAAUUCGAUCUAGAUUGGAAUUACGUAAAAAAUUACAAUGCAAAAAUUUCGAGUGGUAUUUAGAUAAUAUAUGGCCAGAACAUUUCUUUCCUAAAGAUGAUCGUUUCUUUGGGCGGAUUGUGCAUAUAUUAUCAAAGAAAUGCAUUAUGCGACCAUCUGCGAAAGGAACAUAUUCUCAACCAUCAGGAUAUGCAAUCCUUCAUUCAUGUGUUCCACGGCCAUUACUUAAUCAAAUGUUUGUGAUGACAGCGGAUGGAAUUAUAAUGACUGAUGAAAGCGUUUGUUUGGAUGCACCUGAGAACGAUACACAUCAAACGACACCAAAGGUUAAAAUAAUGGCAUGUAACAGUCAUAUUAGGCAAAAAUGGCAAUAUGACAAACAAGCACAGACAUUUUUACAUAUAUCUUCCGGAAUGUGCUUACAAUCAAAUAACGAAGAAGGUCCUGUGAUAGCAACUUGUACAAAAAACAUGGAUCAGAAAUGGUUAUUGGAAUCAAUUCCUUGGAAAUAAUAUUAUCAAUAAUUUUUUAAUAUUGCAUGCAAUAAAUGCAAGAACAUUUAAAGACAAUAGCUGCAGAUAUAAGAAAAAUAUAUCUAUAUUUUUCGAAAUUGUUUUAAUCAGAAAUUUAAUUCAUUUUUAUACGUCAAUUUUCUAAAAAGAUAUUUGUAAAUAAAUUUAUAUAUAACUUAUAUAAAAAUAUUUUAUUGAUAAUUUAUAAAAAGGAAUUUUUUGAAAGAUUCAAUUUACUAACAAUAAUUGGUAUUGUGUUCAAUAAAUACACAUACAUCGUAAUCAAUCGCAAUUUUUUCUUUAGAUUAUAUAAUAAAAGCUUAAAAUAAAUAAUAAAUUCUUGUCAAUUCUGGAGAAGAUGCUGUUCAUAGUUGUUGAAUUCACCAAACUACUAAAGUUACAAUCAAAUAAUGAAUAUGAUCAUCUUUAUUCAUCAUUAUCAAGGUUGUGUUUUAUUCAAGAUUAAUGAAUUUAAACAUGUUUUGCAUUUACAUUACAAAAUUGAUUUUAAUUAAAUAUUCAUAUCAAUAAUUUGUCCAAUAAAUGCAAUUUUAUGAAAUUUCACUUUAUCCUUUUAUUAUUAUAUUCAGUUUUUACUAACAACUUUUCCAUCAAAGACAGCAAGUACUAAAUAAAAUUGUUUCUUCCAGAGAAAUAUUUUAAACAUCAUUUUGAUUAAAACAAUUGGAAUCCUAUUAUAGUCUGAUUGACGUAGUUUAUCAAUAUGUGGGUCAAAGUCAUGUUCUCGGCGAGGCCAAGAAGCUACUUAGCUUGAAGUGGCCUAGUCUCCCUGUUCGUUCGAUGUAUGAUCACCUCCAAUCCAAGUUUGGCUGAUACUGAAACGAGUGAGUCUUUAUUUAUAGAUCAGUAUCGUUCCAUUAAACCCAUUGAUCCUUCUCAAAUUUUUUAAUUUCAUGGAAAAAUCAACGAACGAAUUUCCAAAUGUUACACUUUUUUUAAGUAUUAAUGAAAUAUGAUUGAUGAAAUACAUAUAUUUUGGAAUAAUUAUGAGUGAAAGAUAGAAAAAUCAAAAUCAAGAUCAUUGGACUUAUAGAAGAAAAAUCUAAGAUCUCCGCUUGGUCACGUUUUUCUCUAAUUCACCGUUUGUUCUGGUUCUCAUAUACCUAUGACCCUGAAUAUCUUACCGUUUCUCACAUUAAUUACGUGUCCUUUUUCAUGCGGUAGAAACGAUUUUCUGGAGACGCGAUCAUCUUUGAAGAGGUAAAAUGAAGUAGAAUAAACUAUUGUUUACACAAAAUGAUGCAUAGUGAUGGAAUUUAAAAUAUUAGAAAGUAUUUUAGGUAUUAAAAAAGAAAAAAAAAAAGGAUGGACGAGUAGGUAAUUUUGUAACACUAAAAAUAAUAAUGAUAAAUAUUACAUUUCUCCAACAAAGAUAACUGGAUUUCGAUCAAUUAAAACUUCUUCAUCCUCUUGAACCAUUCUCGGAAUCUAGGCGACUUUCUUUUAACAACAUGUUUGCACUAUCACCGAAAAACUCGUAGGGAUACAAAAAUGGGGAGUUUAAUGGAAGAUUGAGAGAGGUAUAACGCGGGCAAGAACGCGGUGAGAGAGCGGAGAAAGUAAACGCAAGUACGAUGAGAGUUUCUUUAAAAUGAAUUUCCACGUGUAAGUUCGUUUCUCUCUUUGUGUACAUCAAUGUAUAUAUAUAUAUAUAUAUUUUUUUUUUUAAUUCGAAUAUUACAUAUAAACAUAUAUACAGUCACCACUAUAUUCUACAGGACGCGCGACUACAGGGUUAAACGGUGUAUGUUUCUUUUUAGGAGUGAAAAAAAAAAAAAAAAAAAAA